AUGCGAACGACAAAUGAGACCCCCAAAGAAACACACCAGGCAUCCGCAGUACAUUUUUCCGACGAGGACGACCCUACCUCUUCCUCCGGCUCUUCCUCGGAGAGCGAGCCCGACUCAUCAGAAGAUGAGGAUGAAGAAGUAAACCAGACUACAAGCGGCGCAUCCACAAUACCAAGUAUCCCUCACCGUCCAAAGCCCAGGAUAAAGGCUAUGAAAGGGAAGGCCGGCUCGGAUCUCCUCUCGCGGUUGUCAGCGUUUCUGCCGCAGAUGAAGGAUGCCAAUGACGACCUCGAGAAAGAGAUUGCCGCUGGGCGAGGAAAGGAUAUCGUGCUAGAUGAUGCCGAUGAGUCGGAUGGGAAGCAGUAUAUUGAAAUGAAUCUCGGCCUGGGAGUUCUCAAAGAGAAGCGCGAUGGAGAUGACUCGAGUGAGGCUGAUAGUGAUGAUGAGAACCCUUAUGCCGCGAAUGGGGAUUCUAAUGGGCAGGGUGACUCGGAUGUAUUGAGCAAGCUGAUGGGUGGAAAGAAGUCGGAUAAGUCAGAUGCGGAGAAGCCCUCGAUUGAGGAGAUGGCGGAGUGA